UAGCUUUGUGAGAGACGUACGGCUGAUGGAGACAUUUUAAAAUAUACACACAGCUAACUGCUAAUUGCUAUCUGGGCUCGCGAAAGGUGCGAGCGCACUGCGCCAAAAACACGUUCAAAUUAUUCCAAGUUGUAAAGAAUUAAAGUGUAUUUAGCAGUGCAUUGUCCAUGCAUCGUAAAUCAACGAGGCUACAAAAUACCGAAGAUGUUGAGAAGUCCGACACUGGGAAAAGAAGAAUAUAACUAACGCCGCGCAGGUGAGCUCCUGUCCAGGCACAUUGGUCCAUGUUUGUUGGACCUUUGGGCUUUGGGCUCAACUAGCAUGAAGAUGGCUGACUCAGACAAGGCAGAGGAUUUUGUUGAUGCUGAGUGCCCCCCAGAGUGCCUUGAUGAAGCACUGUCAGCCACAGGCUCUGUUCAGGACGAGCAUCUAAAAUCAGAGGCCACCACCAGUACCAGCUCACCUCCGAGGGAAAAGGAGGGAGACAGCCCCUUGACUACAGAGGGUGAGCAGAGUCUCCUCUCCAUGCCAUGCCUGAUGAAGGAGCUCCGCCGAGACUCCCCAGAGUCCCAGCAUGCCUCUACAGGGAGCGACAAGCCUGUAUCUCGUCAUAUCUAUGAGAGCGACUCCUCGAACAACUGCAUGCUCUCCCCCUCGUCCAGUGGCCACCUCGCUGACUCAGACACGCUCUCCUCAGGGGAAGACGGUGCUGCUCCUCCCACUGGAAAAGACGAAGAGGGCAACAUGGAAGCUUCGAAUGAUCCUGGGCAGACAGCAGGAAGGCAGUCGUCAUCUACAGGGGGGAGGAAGUCCCGGCGGUUACGUUCAGAGAGCGAGAUGCUGCCUAACGUGAUGGCUGCAAAGAAAAACCGUUGCCAGCCCACCUUGGUAGCAGCUGGAGGGCAGGAAAAACAAACCAAUGGAAAGCUGGCAAAAGUGAAAGGUCACCGUAGCCAGAAACACAAGGAGCGAAUGCGUUUGCUGAGGCAAAAGCGGGAGGCAGCGGCGCGGAAGAAGUACAACCUGCUGCAGGACAGCAGUACGAGUGACAGCGAGCUCACGUGCGACUCCAGCACCAGCUCCUCUGAGGACGAGGACGAUGACACUUCAGGAGGUAGCAAGACAAUCAAGACAGAUAUUACAGACGCGCUUCCAGUAGUGGGUCACUAUGAUAUUUCAGACACUGAUUCUAACCAGGAGAGUAUGAGUGUGGAGACAGUCCGGCCCACGGUGAUAAAGCAUGAGCUAAAAACACACAGAGGCCGGGAUAUGGCAGCUCACUCUGGGUGUAUAAGAGCUCUGUGCUCUGUCUCAGGCCACGUGGAGGCAGAGCUGUCGCACAAGGAAAGUUCUCACCACAACAAGGGCCAGAUUAACAUCGCCUCCUCUGACAGCGAGGUGGAAAUAGUCGGAGUGCAAGAGAAAGCACGAUGCGCUCACCCAUGCGGAGGAGUAAUAAAGAGUCUGUCCACCUGGAAGGAGAAAUCAGUGGAGCAGUUAAACAGCACAAAUCAACCACAGCUCUGGACUACUGUUUCCCCUCAGCCCAACUGGGUGUCCCCACCCGAAGUGGUGGACCUUACCCUGGACGAGGACGCCGGACACAAAUACCUACUUUAGACAACUUGUACACUGAAGACUCCUCGUUUCUCCCGCUCACUCCUCCUCCCUCUCGCCGCCAUGUUACGGCUGAAACCCCUCCUAUAGUUGUGGCCUCGCCUGUAACCGCUCGUGGACUCUUCCCGCUCCAGAGCACCGUUUGUUUUUAACUUACUGUUAAACAAAUCAUAUGUAUCAAAGCCAUUCUACUGACGUGAUUCCCCCGAACUCAGUUUAGUUGUAAUAAAAAAAAAUGGCACAGCACUUCAAGUGCAGGUGGAAAAAGUAUGUACGGCUGAUUUAUCCGUUAAUGAUAGCAAUAUCCUACCUUCAUUUAAUACCUCAAUUACCCCUCGUUGACAGAUUUAGGUCAUUUCGUGUUGUGCGCUUGCAAGCUGUUUAGUGAAAACGUCAAGUUGCUGCUUAAGAGCAGGUCGGUAUCGCGUCACGGCCGUCGACCUGCUUCACUACAGACUCUGAACGGCAUAGUAUCAGAUUCGGCAUUUUUUUAUCUGCAGUCCCCUGUGGUGGUCAAGGCACAAACGGCAGCUGGUUCACUCUCUGUUGUACAGUGGGGCACAAAGUCUGCUUUUUACCGGUCUACGGUUGUUUUCCAAAGUCUCACCACUGGUUUCGUAUUUACUCCAGUCUGCAUUGAUGGCUUUGCUUCACUAUACUUUGUCCAGCGUUGGUACAGCUCGUGCUCUGUUGAUGGUGGAAAGAGAUUCUCGAAAGAAUAGUUUCACAUUUUGGGAAUUACGCUCAUUUGCUUUCUUGCCGAGAGUCAGACUAGUAGAUUGAUACCACCUCCAGACAUGAGUGGUAUCCAUCCUCUCCUCACCAGAAAGACAAUAAGUUUAUUUCCCCAAAUGUCUUGAUUUAAAUCCACAGCUUUUCUUUCUACUUCUACCAUUUUACAAUAAAUUACGUUUUUUUAUGAAAACACAGAAACCAACUGGUUAAACUCCACAGUUUAGAAGUAAAAAGACACUACACAAUGACUCAUUUCUACCACAGCACUAUGUUGGGGUAUAUUAGCAAUAGAAAUGCUGUGUCUCUUGUUUAAAUUAUGUUUUUAGAUUUGGAAGCCACAGAGUCUGAGAGUGUCCCAGGUGACCCUGCGGUGCGGACUGGCUGCACUUAUUGUUUGCGUGCUCGUCUUCUAGAGCGGACACCUUUAAACCUCUGGGGACCCCUUUACAACAGCUGAGGAAAUGCAUCUUCCAUUGAAUACAAAGCAAGAUGGCCUGAAUGCCUUGAAAAGUGCACUAUUUUCUGUUAGAAAUCGUACAAAGCGUAUUCUUUUACCUUACAGAGCAGUGGAUUUUGCUAUCAACAAUGAAUAUUUUAAUAAUAGAUGUGAAUUUAGCACACAAAUACAUAAAAAAAUACUUUUAAGUGGUGAGUUUGUACCCACAUGUUUGGGCGUUAAUAGUAGAACCUUUUACUGUAUGAACUGUUUUUACCCUGAUCCUCAGAGCCUGCUUGCUCGCUUUCCUCGUGGUCUUAUUUUUGUCUUCAUGCAGUACUGCAGCCACACUGGUACACUUUUAAUCCACCAUCCAACUUCACACACUGUUGUAACACUUGUUUUAUUUCAUAUCAAACAAUGUCUACUCUCCGAAGUGAGGUUUGAGAAUCAAAUUAUUUUCCCUUCUGCUGGUCACAGAAGGGAAAAUCCCAAAUAUAAAAAGGAACUAAACCAAAAUCUAAAUGGAUUUUUUUUUUUUUUCCAGUUUGUUUUCUUUCUGGAUUUUAAUUUUGCUUCCAUUUUUUAUUUGCUCUGUAAGUAAAUAUUUUCAUUUGGAAGUCGAUGCAUUUGUUGUGAAAUGACUUGAACUCUGUUUCCAACUCAAGAUACAAGUUUAGUCAAAUGUGAUAUUGUUUUCCUUUGGCCAGUUCUUUCCACUCUAUGCAGCUACCACUGUAAUGACAAUUCUUUUUACCAGACCACUUCUGCUUGCAAAACCCAUUUUGCUAUAGUUCCUUAGGAUUAUUACUAAAUGUUGGUCAUGUCUCUAGUGAUGGAGGUUUGGUUGAAAAAGGGGCAGUGGUGCUCGACUAUGGUUGCACAUCGCAUGUGUGGUCACAUCUUUAACCUCAAGUCAGAUAUUAUCCUCAUUACCAGUAAUUUAGCUUUGCUCUUCUGUUAUAUUUUACUGUCAGUAUUUUAAAUUAAUAAAAAGGGGUUUAUUUUGUUGCUUCUGCAAGACCUUGACUUCCUUGUAAUUAUGUCUGUAGAACAAAAAGAAACUAUUUUAAAACGAAAUAAAUAGAGCAUUAUUUAAUGA